AUGCGACACUUCCGCGCUCGGCCUCGGGGCGGGCCUCGCUGCCCAGCCCUCGCCAGGCGGCUUUCGAGGGCAGGCCCUGAGCCUGCCGGCUGGCCGGGGCCUAGGACGGCCCAGCCCGACCUCAGGCUGCUGCUGUCUUCGGCGCGUCGCCGCCGGGCCCCGCAGCGGCGCGGCCCCGGGCCCGAGGCCGCAGACUGCACUCCGGGCAAAGGCCCUGCGGCGUCUCGGGAGGACUCCACCCCGAGAGCGGGGCCUGCGCUGCCAGGUGGACACUCGGGGGCGGGGACCGCCCGCAGGAGCGCGGGCACCCCGUCUUGUUGGCGGAGAUCCUCGCUGCUCGUGUCUGCACCCAAGCCGCCUGCUCAGGCCGGGGAGCCGAAGACUCCAGCCCAUCCGCAUCGCCCUCACUGCCAGGACCCGGAAGCCUGGGGCCCAGAAUGCCCCUACAGGAAGAUCCGAAUGCAGGGAGAGCCCACGGGACAGGCCAAAGAGCAGGGGGAUCGCCCGAGCCUGGCAGACGACGCGCCAGACCCUCCUGUGAGGAUCAGGAGAACCUUCGCUCUCCAGGGAAGCUGUUCUCGUCCCCAGCAGCGAGUUCUUCCCGAAGAGGACAGAGAGGCUUGUGCGCCUCCUACGAGCACCUCAUGUCACGGCCGUGACAUGCCCAGCUCGCAAAGCUCCGCCAUGGACGGCGAGAGCCGCCUCCCCAUCUGCUCAGACGCCCAGGAGCCAGGGAAGGAGGUGGAGGCUGACAAGCCCACAGCUAGUCCCCCAGCAAACCACGCUCCCCCAAAGACACCUGCUCGGACAGCCGCCAAGAGGAAAACAUCCCUGACAUCGGAUCUUCCCCUGCCACUACCACUGCCCCGGCCUGUACCCUGGGGUCGAGGUGAGCUCCCCCCACCCGCAAAACUUCCUUGUAUUGAAAUGCAGAGAGACAGGGGCAUUAGUGAGAUCAGUCUGUCUCCUAAGAGAAAAAACUGUAAGGCAAAAGCCUUGGAGGGUAGACCAGAGGCAGUGACACAUGGCAGUGCCACCGUGUCUGCCUCUUCUGUUUGCCCACCUGAUGCGGGGACCGGUGUCCCCCGCUCCCUGCCUACUUGCACUGCAGACAUUGCAGCUCUUCCCAGCACUGGGAAUGCCACUGGGGCCCACAGCGUGAAAACAGACUCAUCAAAUCCUAAAGAGGGACUGACCCCUAAAAUCCCCCGUGGCUGUUUAUCUGCCCCUACUGACUCUGCUCCUCAUAAUACCCCUGCUGCUAAUUUGGGGGUUCGAAAGGGUGAGAAUGAACACCAUCCUCUUGGAUCAAAAGCUACAACCCCCUCUACUUCUGGCUUCCCCAAACCACCUCCCCCUGAAUGUUUGCCUCUCUCUUCCCCUGUCCCUAUGAGUGUGGAUUCCCCUCUUCCCGUCUCUACCUACCCUCCCGUGGUCCCAAAAUGUAUGCCAUGUUUGACCACUGAAACCACCACAGUUUUUGUCACACUUGCCCCCAGGGUAUCUUCUCGUGUGGCCACUCGAAUGGCUACACAUGAUGAUAUUGUUGACAUGGAUACAACACCACCUUCAGAGGCAGUAAUUUUUACAUCUCCUCUAGUUUCCAGCAACAACUCCUAUCCAUCUCCCCAGGCCCCCUGUAGCCGGCAGCAGGGGCACAUUCUGAGUGGGCCAGUACCUACCAUCCCACCUACACCCCACCCCUAUCCAUUCCCCCAGGUCCCCUACAUCCUGUGCCAGGGGCAUCUUCCAAAUGGACCAGUCCCCACAAACCUCCCUCCACCCCAACCUUAUCCUUUUCCUCCCAUCCCGUGUAGCCUGGACCAGGGACAGCUGAUGAUGGGGCCAGUUCCCACUAACCCACCUCUGCCUAUGGUCCCCUAUCAACACUUUGUGCCUCAGAACUUCCCUUCGUCCACCAAUGUCAUCCCUAAUGUGCCGCAGCACAGUGUGCCUAUUCCCCUGUCUGCAGUUCCUUCUGUCCCUUCCAACAUGGGCUCAGUCACUGUCCCUGUUUCUGGAGGCAAUGCUUCCUCACCAGCUAAAUCACCCACGGAUGAUGAUAGUGCUAUGGAUACAACACCACCUUCACAGGCAUCAAUUUUUCAAUCUCCUGUCUCAAUGAACAACCAUCCUGCAUUGAACCAGAUGCCUCCUGCUUCUAAUAACCAGCCACAUAGUGGCAUAAUUUCUACCAUGCAAGGACCUGCUAAUUCAAGUGUUCAGCCCCAACUUACGCAAGGACUAAACUACAAUAUUGGAAAUCUUUCCAAUAUAAGAGCCAUCCCUCAGCCCACAUUGGGAGUCUCUAAUGGACAAUGUAACAAUGGUUGUUUUCGGAGUGUCCCAGCACUCAUAACACCAGCUAAUGGCCUAACUGCUCCUCCAGUGCAACUACCCAGACAUACCACCAUGCAAUCCAUCACAUCAUCAUCCUCUGCAGUGAACCCUACUGCUCUUCCAGUGCAACUACCCAGACAUACUACCAUGCAAUCCAUCACAUCAUCAUCCUCUGCAGUGAACCCUGCAGUCAUCACCCCACAAGCCUCUUCUACAAACUCUCAGAGUGCUGUGUACACUGCCACACCUACAACGGAUAGCAUGAAAAUCCCCAUGUUGACAGGUGGUGGUGACACGAAUUCACCAAUUCACCAGGCCCCCCCUGGCACAGCAGCUGUCAUGGGCAAUAGAGUUUCAUCAAAUCCAGGACACUCGCGGUUUGGCACAUCCUCCAGCGGUUCACAUUCGGAUGCUAGAGAUUCACAUGUCAACCGCAGGCGUAGAUUACAAAUGUAG